GAAAUGAAGAUGGCCGCCGAGGUAAGGUGGCUUUUCGUUUUCCUCGUGUGCUGCGGUGUGUCGUUGUGCCGCGGCGAGGCGCCGCAUCGGAAAUUCGAGUACAAGUACUCCUUCAAGCCACCGUACCUCGCGCAGAAGGACGGCAGUGUGCCGUUCUGGGAAUACGGUGGAAAUGCCAUUGCUAGUUCAGAAAAUGUCAGAGUAGCACCGUCACUUAGAAGCCAAAAAGGUGCAAUAUGGGUGAAACAACCCACGACUUUCGACUGGUGGGAGGUAGAAUUAGUAUUCCGAAUAAGCGGACGUGGAAGGAUAGGAGCGGAUGGUUUGGCAUUCUGGUACACAAGCGAUAAAGGAUUCUACAAUGGCUCCGUUUUCGGUAGUUCGGAUUUUUGGACAGGCUUGGGAAUUUUCUUUGAUUCGUUCGAUAAUGACAAUAAGCAUAAUAAUCCAUACAUCAUGGCGAUUGUCAAUGACGGCACGAAGGCUUUCGAUCAUAUAAAUGAUGGUUCUACGCAGCAAUUAUCAGGCUGUUUGCGAGAUUUCCGCAAUAAACCAUUUGCCACACGAGCGCGGAUAGAGUAUUAUAUGAAUUCAUUAACUCUAUUGUUCCAUAAUGGUAUGACGAAUAAUGAACAAGAUUAUGAUAUAUGUUUCCGAGCUGACAAUGUUGUAUUACCGAAAAGUGGAUAUUUUGGAAUUUCUGCCGCUACUGGUGGCCUGGCUGAUGACCAUGACAUCUUAUAUUUUCUUACUACCUCUCUGCAUCCUGUCGGACAGCUUCCAGUGGACGGAAAUAAAGUUUCUACAGAGGAACAAGCCAAACUGCAGCAGGAAUACUUAGACUACCAAAAAAAAUUAGAAGAACAAAAAGAGGAAUACCAAAAGGAGCAUCCAGAAAGUCAAAAGAUGGAAUAUGAUGAGUAUUUUGAAACGGAGAAUCAAAGAGAAUUACGGCAAAUAUUCCAUGGACAAAGUCAGAUGUAUGAAGUUCUGCGUGAUCUUCACAGGAAAUUAGAUGAGAUUGUUGGAAGACAAGAGAGAGUUUUAGGUUUAGUAUCUCAAAUUGGACAAGGAGGUGUGCAAGUUCCGGGUCAACCAGGACAGCAACCUGUGCUGAUUGACACAAUACGUCGGCAGGAAGUCGAGGCCGUGUUGAAUAAUCAAAAUAUCAUAUUGAAUACAGCUAGAGAAAUUAAAUCAUUCAUGGGAGAAGUUCAUUCCAAGACUGAAUCUAUUCUUAAUAAUCAAGCACAUGCUCCGACAGCGCAGGUGCAACCAAUGGGAUAUGAUUAUCAGUCAUUUAUGACAGAAAUACGAGACGGACUUAACACGUUAAAAAAAAAUGUUAAAACCCAGGAAAACACAGAUUGUCCUAAUUGUUUAACGACUACUGUGUUCUUAUUGUUCAUUGCGAUACAGAUGAUAAUAUUAUUGGUAUACAGUCUUUAUCGGGAAAAUAAAGAAGCACAGAUGAAAAAACUCUACUAAUGUACACACAUUGUCCACAUCGGCAAAUGCAUUCUCGUUUGCAUUACGAUUCGAUAUUUUUAUUACUCGUUCGUAUCCGCGAAGUAUGUGUGUUUCGACAUUUGUAAAAUAAAUUCCUCAUCUAAAUCGAUGUGAAAUUGUACAGCAUCCGUCGAUAUUGCCUCACGAGGACACAAGGACAUGUCGCGGUGAUGUGACUUGCCAUUUUAAGUAUCUCCAUUUAAAUAUCCAUAAAAACAAUCAGAAACCAUCUCCAUCGCAGUGUAAUAUGUGUUUAACGCUGUGCAAUCUAUAUUACACUUGUCAUAUAUUGACAAAAUGCGCACAUGGGGUUUGGAAGAGAUGAUUAAGUUGAAGGUUACUUACGGAUGUGUUAAUCUGGGAGUUAUUAAAGAUGUCUCACGAUCUUUUUUUGUAUCGUUAUAUAAAUAUAUAUAUAUAUAUAUAUAAUAUAUAGUUUUUUUACUUGUCAAUCGUCGCAAAACAUUCAUCGUUAC